AUGGUGCGAGUCCGGGAACUACCACGAACCGCAGCGUUCGCAUGGAGUCCUGAUGCUUCUGCACCCUGGAUCGCAACCGGUACUAAAUCCGGAGCAGUUGAUGUCGACUUUAGCAACGAAACCUGUCUGGAACUUUGGGAUCUUGCUCUAGACUCUCCUCAACAAGGCCAGGAGUUGCAGCCAGCUGUCACUCUGCGGACUGAAACUGGUUUCCACGAUCUGGCAUGGACCUCUGCGCAGGAAGGACACAAACGGGGAAUUAUCGCAGGUGCCUUCGACAAUGGCUCUCUCGGCAUCUGGGAUGCAGACAAAGUAGCCACUGGUGCAGCCGAUGCAUCGCUCUUUGAUCAGAAGAUACACAGCGGCGCGAUCAAGACUCUACAAUUUAACCCCAAAAUCCAAAAUUUCCUCGCAACCGGUGGUUCGAAAGGUGAAUUGUUCAUCUCCGAUUUGAACCAUCUGGACACUCCGAUCCGAUUAGGUAGCACUGCGGCUCGAGCAGAUGACAUCGAUUGUCUGGACUGGAACAAGAAAGUCUCCAAUAUUUUGGUCACUGGUAGCAGUGGAGGAUUUGUCACAGUAUGGGACAUGAAGACGAGAAAAGAGAGCCUGACGCUCAACAAUUAUCAACGGAAGCCUGCCAGUGCAGUCGCUUGGGAUCCUGAAAAGCCCACGAGGCUUAUCACAGCUGUACCCCUAGAUCAAGAGCCUGUCAUACUGGUGUGGGAUCUCCGAAAUUCGAACGCGCCUGAGAAGAUACUCCGUGGACACGAAUCUGGCGUUCUGUCCCUCGCAUGGUGUCCCCAGGACAACGAUCUCCUUUUGUCCUGUGGCAAAGACAACAGGACAAUUCUAUGGAACCCGCAGACUGGCCAAGCUUACGGCGACUACCCGGUUGUGACCAACUGGACAUUCCAAACUCGGUGGAACCCACAUAAUCCUGAUCUGUUUGCCACGGCAUCCUUCGAUGGCAAGUUGCAGGUCCAGUCAUUACAGAACACCAAUCCUAGCAGUACCCAGAAUGACCAGGAUCAGGCUGCGGAUGGGGAGGAUUUCUUUUCGAAGGCUCAGACACAACCACAAACAUCAUCCUUCUCGUUAACAAAGGCUCCUAAAUGGCUUGAACGACCUGUCUCUGUGUCUUUUGGAUUUGGUGGACGUAUCGUAUCUGUCAGGCAAGCAGAUCCCGGCAAAUCCAGAACUUCGAAAAUUAGCAUCAGCAAGUUCGAGGUGGAUUCGAGUGUUGGAAACGCCACUGAAUCGUUCGAGAAAGCCAUUCAGUCUGGAGACCUUGCCGCGCUUUGUGAAGAAAGAGUUGCGGCGGCAAAGACAGAAGAAGAAAAGGCAGACUGGAAAGUCAUCGAAACUUUGGUUUCUAAAAGUCCCAGAGAAGAACUUGUCAAGUAUCUUGGUUUUGACGACAAGGUAGAAGCAGCUGCGAAUGGCAAUGAGGAACCCAAGACUACCGAGGAGCAGAAGACCUCUGUCAACGGCGCGCCUAGAUCUCAUAAGAGAUUUCAGUCCAUUUUUGCCAGCUCUGCAGAUGGUGAUUUCUUGGCUGAGCUCGCUGCUACCAAAGGCACAAAAACCAAUAAUCCAUUUCAGAUUUACACCGGCUCCGAAUCCGAGGCCGACAAGAAAAUUACACGAGCACUCAUUCUUGGUCAAUUCGAAAAAGCCCUCGAUAUCAGUCUACAAGAAGAGAGGAUUGCGGAUUCUUUCAUGAUUGCAAUUUGCGGAGGAGAAGCCUGCAUUAAGAAAGCUCAAGAAGCAUACUUGGCCAAGCAGGGCGAGGGACCAAAUUAUCUCCGCUUACUAGCAUCAGUCGUUGGCAAGAAUCUAUGGGAUACCGUUCACAAUGCCGACUUGUCUAACUGGAAAGAAGUUAUGGCCACGUUGUGCACUUUUGCCGAUGAGAAGGAAUUCCCAGAUCUUUGCGAAGCAUUGGGAGAUCGUAUUGAAGAACAGAGCGAUGACCUGUCUGUGGUUGGUAGGAAGGAUGCUUCGUUCUGUUAUCUUGCUGGAUCGAAAUUGGAGAAGGUGGUUGCAAUCUGGAUCCAGGAGCUUAAGGAGCACGAAGAAGCUGGUGCCAGAGAUGGAGAUGCGACUUCAGCAUUCUCUCUACAUGCUCGAGGACUUCAAGACUUAAUCGAAAAGGUAACCAUCUUCCGACAGGUGGUCAACUUCCAAGACUCAGACUUGUCCAAGUCUGCUGACUGGAAACUGGAGGAUCUUUACAGCAAAUAUCUGGAAUAUGCUGAUAUUGUCGCCGGCUCUGGCCAAUUGGAGGCAGCACAACGAUAUCUCGACCUUCUGCCACAAAGCUACCCUGGUUCAGAUGUCGCGCGAAGUCGGAUACAACAGUCCAAGAAGAAGUCUGUGGCCCCGGCCGUUGCACAGCAGGCUUCUGCACUACCAUCAAGGAGCAAGCAGCCCGCUCAUGCGGCUUCUUAUCAACCUCCUGCAGCAUCUUACGGCGCUCCAACGCCUUCAGCACCAACACCUUCCUAUGGCGGUCUCCCUCAACAGCCGUCAUCAAAUCCCUACGCGCCACCAGUUGCAAGCAAUGCGCCAGUCAAUCCAUAUGCCCCUGCUGGUGGAUAUCAGGCCCCACAACAGAUGAGAGUUCCUCCUGGUCCUCCUCCACAAAAUUUCGGCAUGCCACAAGCAAACCCAAUUGCGCCUCCGCCGAGGUACAAUCAAUCACCUGCGAUCGCUCCGCCAUCUCAGGAUAAAAAUAUGACAAACUGGAAUGAUAUCCCGGAAGGGUUUGUGAAGCCUCCGACUUCGCGACGGGGCACACCUGGUGUUCCUCCCCAGCCAGUUGCCAACCCAUUUAACCAGAUUCCUCAACCCACCCCGCCGCCAUCGUCAAGUACUCCGUUUGGUAGCCGGCAAAGAGCUUCCCCUGUUCCCCCGCCACCGAAAGGUACCGCUCCUCCCCCAAGAGUGACGUCUCCUCUUGCUGGCGGUCCACCUCAGACAAUGGAGCGCCCUCCUUCAUCCACAAGUAACCCAUAUGCACCACAACACGGGGUGACCUCGCCACCAUUGGGUCAGAACAUUAUUCCACCACCUAUACCCAGAGGUCCGUCUCCUUUCACGGCACCUCCAUCGCACGGCCCAAGUGCCCCGAAUCGCUAUGCUCCUGCUGGUGGCGUUCCGGCAUCAACACCACCUUCAAGGCCCAACAUUGCACCUCCUCCACAGCAAACAUCUUAUCAAGGUCCUCCCCAACAAUCCAAUCCCUAUGCACCCUCACAGUCGCCUCAACAAGCCAGGCCUAAUGCAUAUGGGCCUCCGCCAACCACUCACGCACCUCCACCAGCCAGUGCACCUCCAUUACCCACCCCAUCACAGCAAUUCACCUCAGGACCACCACCUAUGGGCGGUCCGCCACAACAAACGUCAGCCAGACCCGGCACAGCAGAUUCUGGUAGCAAAGCUGCCCCUCCACCUGCAGUGCGCAAGCAUCCCAAAGGUGACCGGACCCACAUCCCACCGUCCGCUCAACCAAUCUUUCAAAUCCUCUCAGCCGAGAUGUCGCGUGUAAAAGCUCGCGCGCCGGCGUCCUUCAAAGCACAAGUCCUGGACACAGAGAAGCGCCUCGACAUCUUAUUUGACCACCUGAACAACGAAGACCUGCUGAAGCCGGACACGGUGGCGCAGAUCGCAGAGCUGAGUGCGGCGCUCCAGAACCGCGAUUUCCAACGCGCCUCCGAGAUCCAGAUGGACGUCCAUACGAAUAAAGUCGACGAAAGUGGGAAUUGGAUGGUUGGUGUGAAGCGUCUGGUCGGUAUGUGUAAGGCAACGCCUUGA